CAGGAAUCGCAUCAUUCGCUGCUGUUGAUGCUGCCAUACCUCACGUUUCACGCACUGAGCUCAGUUCAGACUGUCAGAGCUCGGCCACUGACCUCUGAACCGUAAUCAUGAGUAACGUGGAGAUCCCAGCCGGCCUGAAGGAGCUGCUGCAGGGCUACACAGUGGAGGUGCUCCGUCACAGGCCCCCCAACUUGGUGGAAUUUGCCGUGCAGUAUUUUACUCAACUUCUGGAGGGCCAGAAGCCCGAGCAGCGAGCCCACAAGUGCGGCUCCAAACCCGAGGGCGUCGCUCUGAAGAACAACUCAAACAAGCCAAAGAAGGACGAGGAGGAAGAGGAGGAGAAGGACACCAUCAAACCCACCCCUGGAAAAUACAGCCGCAGAGUCGCAGUUUGUGCAGAGGCCUACAACCCCGAUGACGACAAAGACGAUGACACGCAGCCUCAGGUCGUGCAUCCCAAAACGGACGAGCAGCGGCAGCGGCUACAGGACGCCUGCAAAGAUAUCCUUCUGUUUAAAACUCUGGAGAAGGAGCAGUUCUCUGAGGUUUUGGAUGCUAUGUUUGAGGUGCUGGUCAAACCUGAGGAUCACAUCAUAGACCAGGGAGAUGAUGGGGAUAAUUUCUAUGUCAUAGACAAAGGCGUCUAUGACAUUUUUGUGCUCAAGGAUGGAGCCAGUAUAUGUGUUGGGAAGUAUAACAACAAGGGGAGUUUCGGAGAGCUGGCUCUGAUGUACAACACGCCGCGAGCCGCCACCAUCGUAGCAACCCAGGACGGCGCCCUGUGGGGCCUGGUGAGAGGACACAGCAUGCCGUCCGAUCGAGCCACCUUUCACAGGCUGAUCGUGAAAAACAACGCCAAGAAGAGGAGGAUGUACGAGGCCUUCAUAGAGUGCGUUCCUCUCCUGAAGUCUCUUGAGCUCUCUGAGAGGAUGAAGAUUGUUGAUGUUUUGGGCGUGCGAGUGUUCAAAGAUGGAGACUGCAUAAUAACACAGGGGGAAAAGGCUGAUUGUUUCUACAUCGUGGAGUCAGGAGAGGUGAAGAUUAUGAUCAAAACUAAAACCAAGUCGGGCCAGCAGAACAACUCAGAGGUUGAAGUGGCUCGCUGCUCCAGGGGCCAGUACUUCGGGGAGCUGGCGCUGGUAACCAGCAAACCUCGUGCAGCAUCAGUCUACGCUGUGGGACAAACCAAAUGCUUAGUAAUCGACAUCCAGGCUUUUGAGCGUUUGUUAGGACCCUGCAUGGACAUCAUGAAGAGGAACAUCUCCCAGUAUGAAGACCAGCUGGUGGCACUGUUCGGCUCCAGUGAUCACUUAAAACACUAGUGUUUAAUAAACUCGCAUCUUAAAUCAACUCUUCCCUGGAGGUAAAGACAUGACCAGCUCUGACCUGCACAGUAAAACUCUUGUAACGGAACGCGUCCCAGGACCAGUGAAAUGUUGUACUAUACUUUUAAGACAGGAGGUUCAGAUGUGUAACGAAAGUACAGUCUAAGCUUUCGGGGAUGAUUCUACAAGGCAGAGCCAUUUUUAAAGAGAUUAACACAAAUUGGCAUGGCUUUACUGGAGAGUCACAGUGGAGUUAAAUGCACACGCUGAUUACUUUAUAUAAACUGUAGCUUUUCUUUCCUUUUGUAACCAGUAAAUAUACACUUAUUGUCCCCCUUUGCUCUUGUUUGUUCAACAUAAGUUGUCAAAUUAGCUCACCGCUAAUCAUUUUCAGGACUUGAGUAGAAAAAUAAAGAA